ACAUGGCACACUUUAAUUACUGCAAAUUGUUGCAUGUAUUUAAAUGUAUGCCUCAGAGUAUCGACUCGCGUGUUGCAUGUACGUUAGGACGUGUCCAGCUUCCACCAGUUUACUGUAAACAUUUGAUACGUUUCAAGAUAUCAAGUACAAGUGACAGGGGAGUGCAGGAGAAACAGAGGCAGCACAUGGCAAGGGGGCUACCCAACCAGAAACCCAUUGCUGGGGUGAAGAGGGUCAUCGUGGUUGCAUCAGGAAAGGGGGGCGUAGGGAAGUCUACCACAGCUGUGAAUCUGGCACUUGGACUCAUGGCCAAUGAUCCGAACUUGUCUGUGGGCCUGUUGGAUGCUGAUGUGUUUGGCCCUUCAGUCCCUAAGCUGAUGAAUCUGAAGGGGAAUCCAGAACUGACAGAGAAUAAUCUUAUGAGACCGCUUGUAAAUUUUGGAGUUCCUUGUAUGUCAAUGGGCUUCCUUGUGGAGGACACGGCGCCCAUUGUGUGGAGGGGCCUAAUGGUGAUGUCAGCCAUUGAGAAAUUACUCAGACAGGUUGACUGGGGACGUUUGGAUUACUUGGUGGUUGACAUGCCUCCAGGAACGGGAGACGUUCAGCUUUCCAUAACACAGAACGUCCCUAUUGCAGGAGCGGUGAUCGUGUCCACGCCGCAGGACAUAGCCCUGCUGGACGCUCGCAGGGGAGCCGAGAUGUUCCGCAAGGUCAAAGUGCCGGUCUUGGGCUUGGUGCAGAACAUGAGCGUCUUUCAGUGCCCUAAAUGCAGCCACCAGACCCACAUCUUUGGAGCCGAUGGGGCCAGGGAACUAGCGCACACGCUAGGAGUCGAAGUCCUUGGGGACAUCCCACUGCACCUGAACAUCAGAGAGACGUCUGACGCAGGCCGGCCAGUGGUGGUGUCGUCCCCAGACAGUCCCGAGGCUGAAGCUUAUAAAAAAAUAGCGGCCUCAGUUGUACGGCGACUGGAGGACUCGUCGGGUUGACAGACAGCCGUGCUGUGACCAGUGUUCUGGUCAUCCCCUGCAUAAGAGGUCUUCCAUAUCAGUGGACACCACCCUUACACAGACCAUCCCCCUGCUGUCAGAUGUCUACAGUAGCCAGCACUCUCUUCCAGCACAAUCUUAAAGAGCUUAUAGUAAGCUGAAAUACACUACUAUGACCAAGUCAUCUAUUAUUGCUGUCUUGAUCAAAUUAUGUUUAGCCACACAGUGUCCAGGUCAUAUUGGGGUUGUGCUGAGGAGGAGAGGGAGCAGAAAACCACAGCAGUGUGGGUUUCCCGUAGCGCUCUGGACCUUGGCCAUAUCUCUCUGUCUGUCUGUCUGUCUGUCUGUCUGUCUGUCUGCCUGUCUCUCUGUCUC